AUGAGCCACGACACUGAAGUCAGGGCUCCCGGCUAUGAUGACACACGCGAAGUCGAAAACAUCCCUUACGGAAACCCUUUUUGGGACCCGAACUUCGACCAAGGCUCGUCCGACAAGACCGGCGCCUGCACUGAAAAGAGAAAGCAAAUCAGAUCAGACGCAGUGGUACGGAUAUGCGAACAGGGCGAUGAGGGUCGCCGCGGCAAGGCGGAUAAUAAGAGCCUCCCCGUUGUUGAGGUCGAAACGUACUGGAAUACUCUGUGGAAGGAAGCGUACAACGAUAAGCUCAUGGAAGAAACCUUCGAGAAGGUCGCAGUGAGGAAAUACAAGAGAUACAAGGUAGUGUUCCGAUGGGCGAAGUGCGGACCGAGAUGGUGUGGCCUGAUGGUGCAGAACACGAAAGAAUGCCCACAUGGAACGAUCUUGUGGCUUGAUCAGAGGCCGCCUGGGUGGAGCGAGGACGGAGAGGGCUGGGAGAACGGGGAGAAUCCUUUCCAGUUGUAUUAUAGUGGAACUCACUAUGGGAGAUUUGACUACUUCGACAACGAGCAGGGCGUUACGGUGAGGAAGGAGUUUGCAGCUAAGGAGGGUGAGCAGAUCAAAGAGGUAGUUUGGGUUGAUGGAUUUGAUUACUGA